AUGGCCGAAUUUACUGAAAAACAAAAGCGAAGGAACAACAUUGUCAUUUUUAAAGUUGCAGAGCCCGACCAAAACAAAUCCUUAGAAAAGCAAAAAGUGAUAGACAAAAAUACGGUAUCUGCAAUUCUAAACACUGUUGCUCCAGAUUUACCUACAACAAAUAUCAAGCCAAUAAGAUUGGGGGCUUCCGCAGAAUCUAAAAUUAGACCUAUUAAAGUAAUAUUGGAGAACGAAACAACAGUGAGCUCAGUCUUGAAAAAUUCCAACUCGAAUUUCAAGCAAAUAAUUGUAGCUGCAGAUCGCACAAAGAGAAGAGACAAAUGGAGUACUAUAAAAAAGUUAAGCAAGAACUCGAUGAUCGAAUCAACAACGGUGAUGUUAACAUUGUUAACAUCCGAAUAA